AUGUCGCUCCGCUCAUUUGACCCUUGGGACCUCAAACAAGCGGCAGCGGCUCUCGACGAUCCAGUAUCAGCGAAGAAGUUAGAGCCUACUAUCGAUCCCAGUCUAACCUACCUCGGAUGCGAAUUAACGUUCUCCGAACGAAGAUAUCUCUUCUACCAUCUCGCGAAAAACCCCGAUCACUAUCGGGAUCUCAUGCCCGGAGAGCGUCCGAUUGAUGAUGACUUUUUUGAUCCCUUUGGAUUCGGAGCGUUGUUUGACCGCCAAGAAGAGAAGUAUAAAAGGUCUUGCAUGUUCUGUAACGACGACUUCGACAGCCGCGAUGCGCUGUUCGAGCACCUCGAAGAGUCCGGGCACGCUGUAGACAAAGGGACGCGCAGGCGCGCACCCGGGUACAAGCGGCCGGAGGUCUGCAAGAAGCGGGAUAGAAGCGAACAUCCGCACAGAAAAUAUCGCCUUGUCUUGCAAGAGCAGCGGCGGCGGCAGGAGCUGCAACGGCGUGCUGCUGAACUGAAGCGGAAAGAGGAGCUUCAGAAGCAACAAGAGGAGGAGGAAGAACAAUUGCUGAAGCUGAAGCGCGAGGAAGAGGUAAAGCGAAGGCAAGAAGAAUUCAUUAAACACCAGCAGCAGCAGAAACGACAGCGGGAGUUGGACGAGGCGGAGGCCGAGGCGAAACAACGCCAGGAGGCACAGCAGCGACAGGCCAAGCGAAUUAAGACGAACGCUGGUUUUGUUUGCAGGGUGUGCGCCGGUAGUUUCGAUACCCGUAGCCAGCUGUUUAGCCAUAUCAAAAAGGCUAAGCACAGGGCACCGAGGGAUUAGGUCGUGGCAACAGCGAGACGGUGUUUACACCUCUAGGGGGCUCAAUAGAGUUCAAGUCGAAUGCACCAAGCAGAGCUCGAGCGAGCGAGCACAGCAAGCGCUUUUCCAGCGGCAACAGCAGCAACAGUAGAAACAGCAACAGUAGCAGCAAUAGCAACGAGAAGGGGAGAAACGGGAAUUGUGAGAGAAUGUUGGCAUCUGGGUACAACUUGCCUGAAGUUGAUCAAGAACUACGCAUACAUGACAGACACGCUUUUCUUGUAUGUGGAACGGUGAGAGGUGAUCGUUUACCUCAAGCUGAUACCGCGCCUCUCUCACGCCGCCUCUGCGUUUCUUCACAACCAUGUUAGUCUCUUUUUUUUUCUUCCCCUGUACCAGGAAAAGUUUGUGUUUCUCUACAUAUUCACUGUCAGGCGUGGAAGCAGCGAUGUCAAAUAUUGAACAACAAAA